UACUCUCACCCAAAAAAAUCACUAAAGUCUUUAAGAACCACUACCAACUUAGGGUUGAAGAUAGCAAGCGUGUAGGGGGUGAAGAUAGUAACAGUUAAACCAUUAAAGAUGAGGACCAUCAAACCUAACAAUAAGUACGUAACCACGCGGCCCAAAUUAUAUAUCUCGCAAAAAAACUGUCAAACGAUGUCGUUAGACGGAAUCUUCCCCGUUUCUGAGAGCUGAGCCACGGUAAAGGAAGUUUCAAAAAUGGUCAAAUUUGCGAAAGCGUGGCACAUGAAGUUUCCGUUACACAAUCCUCUGCUAAUGACAUUCCACACCAUUCCAUCAUCAUCUUUCUCCAUGUCCUCCGCUAAGCGCGUGGGCACGCACAGCGGAACCUUCCACUGCGACGAGGCCCUCGCUUGCUUCAUGCUCCGCCUUUCCAAACUCUUCUCCGGUGCCGAUAUAGUUAGAACCAGAGACCCGAAGCUUCUUGAAUCAUUGGACGCCGUAGUUGAUGUCGGAGGCGCUUACGACCCGAUACGACACCGUUACGACCAUCAUCAGAAGGACUUUUACCAGGUUUUCGGUCGAGGCUUCGUCACUAAGCUCAGUAGCGCCGGACUUGUCUAUAAGCAUUUUGGAUUGGAGAUAAUUGGAAAUGUGCUUCGUCUUGAUGAAGAUCAUCCUCAUGUACAACAGUUAUAUCCAGCUAUAUACAGAAACUUUGUAGAGUCAGUUGAUGCUCUGGAUAAUGGAGUGAAUCAAUAUGACUCGGACGAAUCUCCGAAAUAUGUAAUCAACACAGGAUUAGGAUCGAGAAUAAAACGAUUGAAUUUGGACUGGACGGAUUCUGAUCAGUCAUCUGAUGCAGAAAACGAAGCGUUUCAUAGGGCAAUGGCUCUGGCUGGUGGUGAAUUUUUGGAGAAUGUGAAUUAUUAUGCAAAAUCAUGGUUGCCGGCGCGGUCUAUUGUUAUGGAGUGUCUUGCAGCAAGAGAAACUAUUGAUUCCAGUGGGGAGAUUAUAAAACUAAAUCGAUCUUGUCCUUGGAAAUUUCACAUACAUGAGCUCGAGGAGGAAAUGAAAAUCAAUCCUUCGAUCAAAUAUGUUAUUUACCAGGAUGAUAGGAGUGAGAAAUGGAAACUACAGGCAGUGGCAAUUUCACCCGCUAGAUUUGAGAGCAGAAAACCACUACCAUAUCUUUGGAGGGGUUUGGAAAAUGACAGGCUAUCUGAGGUUGCUGGAAUUCCAGGUUGUACUUUUGUGCACAUGAGUGGUUUUAUUGGAGGAAAUCGAAGUUAUGAUGGUGCUCUAGCAAUGGCAAAAGCAUCUUUAAAGGCUUAGGAAAUUGUAGGAAUGUAAGUGUGACAGAGAAGUGGAGCUUUACCCUUUUCUGCAGCAGUAAUUCUCGCUUAACCUUCCACUCUUCUUCAGCUAUUACCUCCAAAAAAGAAAGUGAAAUUAAGGUUCUAUCACAUCUUCCAAGUGCUAGGACAAUUUAAUCCAGUAAAAGUACAACUCAGAAAGAUACC